AUGGAGCACAAAACAUGCAUCAAGCGUUUCGUUGAAUGUUCGGAACGAGUGGAGCAAGUUGGUCUCACGAUGAAGUACCUAAGCACUGGCACCUUGCCACGGAAUCGUGAUGACUGGGUACGGACAAUUGGGGUUCCGGGAACACAGGAGAACAUGGUCAAACAGUCACCAAAACUCCUCGACCGUUUUUCGGGACCCCCAAGGACUUCGGCUCAGAAUCUUGCUGAGGAACUGUCACAGAAGAUCGGGGUCCGACUUAGGAUGGAUCUUAGUCAGUUCAAUGAAUUGAUUACACGUAUGCAAUCGCCUGACAACGAUCAGAGAAAUCAAGCAGAGGCAAUUUAUCGCGAUAUCGAAAUACGAGCUCUGACCGUUCUAUUGUAUACUCUUUACGUACAGCAGGAUGCUCCACCAGAGAAUCGGUUAAUGUCUCUUGUUCUGCUCCGACGAGUUAUACAGAAUGAUUGGGACGAAUUCAAAGAAGGUCUCAGCGAAAAUUCAGAGAUGUUCCUUGAUCAGCUCGUUCACAGUUUUGGAACUGAGCAGGACUUCGCUUUUCGAAAGAAGAUGAUUAUGGUGAUCGCAGAAGUGGCUCGUAAUACGAUUGAUGAAGAUACGGGCAAACAAAAGUGGGUUGGAGUGAUUGAUAUUCUCAACCAUUGCAUGUCAAGCAAGAAUCCAGAAGAUCUCAUUUGUGUUGCGCUUAUUCUUGAAAAUGUACCAAAUGUCUUCGGCUGUGACUACGACCGAUACAUACCAGAUGUUAAGAAAACCUUUGCCACCCUGUUCAAGGAUCAGAGCUCUGAAAUUCGCUCUGACGCAUUUAGAUCUUUUGUAACGUAUGUGAUCGAGAAUGACGACGAUGAUCGCCUAAUCAAGGAAUUGUCACCUUUAAUGCAGCAUGUUGUAGAGAUUUGUCGUUAUACUUGUAUGAACGAAGAUGGUGGAGAUGAUGCCCCGCUGCAGUGUCUUGCUGAAUUGGAAUCAGUAGCACCUAAGCUUGUAAAUCCAUACUUGCCUGAUUUCUUGGAGAUUUGCGUAUCGUGUGUGCUCAAUACCGAAAAAGAUGAAGCUUUCCGACACUCUGCGACCGAAGUUCUCGCUACAAUCUGCGAAUGUUCCACCGCUGUACUCAAAAAGCGUCACUCCCAGUCUAUAGCGUACAUCCUGAAAGCUGUGCUGCUACUUAUGACACAUCUCAGUGCGGAGCUUGAGGAAUGGCUUGAAGUGGAUGACAUCGACGCUGAAGACGAGGAAGAGUCCGUGGCUAUUGGCGAGUCUGCUCUGGAUAGAAUUUCGUGUGCGUUGAAUGGAAAAGCAAUUUUGGCACCUUUUCUGAGCUUGACGGACAAGAUGCGUCAUUCUGCCGAUUGGCGUGAGCGUCAUGUGGCUUUGAUGGGUUUCUCAGUGAUUGGUGAAGGUUGCCAAAGAACCAUGGAACCACAAAUUCAGAACUACGUUCGGGAGAUUAUACCGUUUUUGAAUGACAAGCAUCCACGUGUUCGUUUUGCUGCAUGCAACGCAAUUGGCCAGAUGUCGUCCGAUUUUGCUCCAACUCUUCAGAAGAAGUGCCACGAAUGGGUUGUCCCAGCAUUAAUGAAUGCAAUGAUGGAUGGCUCAUGUGCUCGCGUAUCUUCGCAUGCAGCCGCUGCUCUAAUCAACUUCUGCGAAGAUUGUCCGAAGCAGAUUAUCUCUGCUUACCUUCCUGCCAUCAUGAGCGGUUUAGAGCAAGCUCUAGGAGGUGCGUUUCAACGUCUGCAAACGAGUGGGAAGAAACUUUGUUGCGAACAGAUUACCACAGCAAUAGCGUCUGUGGCAGAUGCAGCUCAGGACCUAUUCAUUGAUUUUUAUGAUCGCCUUGUUCCUCAGCUUAAGUUCAUCCUAGUGAAUUCUACUGCUGAUGAGCAUAAGAUUCUUCGCGGAAAGACCCUAGAGUCUCUUUCACUCAUUGGUGUCGCCGUUGGAAAGGAAAAAUUCCGUGAUGACGCACUUGCCAUAAUGAAUCUGCUCAAGGAUCAAAUGCCGACCAUGAAUUCAGAUGACCCUCAGUGCUCAUACAUGAUAUGUAGCUGGACUCGUAUAUGCAAAGUCCUUGGAAAAGAGUUCGCACCUUAUCUACCGCUUAUUAUGGGCACUGUUCUCCAAGCUGCUUCUUACAAACCUGAAGUUGCUGUUGUCGAUGAAGAUCAAGCCCAAAAGGAUGAUCCUGCAUGGUCUUAUCAUUCUGUUGGAGACAAUAAAAGUUUUGGAAUACGUACUGCUGGUCUAGACGAGAAAGCUGACUCUUGUGCAAUGCUAGUUUGUUAUGCCAGAGAUUUGGAGGAAGAGUUUGUGCCAUACGUUGACGAUGUCGCUAAGCUCUGCGUCGAAAAUAUGCGAUUCCUAUUCGUGGAUAGUGUACGCUGUUCGGCAGCCGAAACUCUACCUUGGCUGCUGAAAUGUGUAAAGAGCCAGGGAGUUGAUGCAAUGCGUCGUUUGUGGGUGGAAUUCUUCCCCAUUCUCUGUACAGCGCUUGAAAGCGAGAAUGAGAUUGAGGUUAUGGAAAGCUUCAUCGAUUCCAUUGCAGAAUGUGUUUUGCAGCUUGGAUCGAACGGGCUCACCAGUGAGGAUGUAGAGAAAAUUACUGCAGUUAUUUCUGAGCAGUUGAAAGCACACGAGAAGAGACGCCUAGAAGCUGAAGCCGAGGAGGCUGAAGAGGAUGCUGAUGUGGACGAUUUGAAAGAAAAACUUACUGACGAAGCAGAGAUGGAAGGCGAAAUUCUUGCUCGAAUUUCUGAUCUUAUACAUAAUAUGUUUGAGACUUUUGGGGAAGCGUUCUUUGAUUGUGUGGAGCCACUUCUUCCCGACUUUCUGCAACUAAUUGAUUUCCAUCGCGCAUAUCCUUCACGCCAGUAUGGUGUAUGUUACAUUGAUGACUGCAUCGAAUUUGCACCCAGGAGAUGUGCGAGAUAUCAAGAGCAGUUUGUUCCUCUCAUGCUGAAGUGCCUUGAGGAUGCAUAUCCAGAAGUCCGACAGGCAGCUGCGUACGGAUUUGGUGUGAUGGGAAUGGUUGGUGGAGCAGAAUACUUGAGUACAGUAACCAAUGCGCUCGAACCACUUGCCGCAAUGGUAAAUAGUCCGGAUGCACGUGCUACAGAAGAAAAUUCUGGAGCUACAGAUAAUGGAAUCGCGGCAGUAGCGAAAAUUCUCAAAUAUUCUGGAGCCAAUAUUGAUAUAACGCAGGUGGUUCCUACAUUCUUGUCAUGGCUACCGACUCACGAAGACGUGACAGAAGCGCCACAUAUUUAUGGCUAUCUUGCUGAUCUUAUUGAGUCAAAUCAUCCGGUUGUACUAGGCGAAAACAAUAGCAAUUUGCCAAGAAUUGUCUUUAUCAUCGUGUCUGCAUUUCUCCUUGAGGCUUUCCCACAAAAUGAUGAGGGUACAACGGUUGCUCAACGGCUACAACAUAUUUUGAAAGUGCUUCACAACAAUACGGAAAUGUUCGAAGCAGUCGUGCAAGCUGCACAACUGGACGAGAAAAGGACAGAAACAUUGCGUGGGCUUAUCUCAUGA